GACUUACAAGUAUCUUGGGCCACCGUUACAGAAUCAUGCCGACACCCGAAUCGGAGGCCUUCCUGGCCAAGAAGCCGAAAGUCCCUCCUAGCUUCGACGGGGUCGAUUACGAGGACACAAAGCGCUUGAAGCAGUCCCAAGAUGCCAUAAUCCGCGAGCAAUGGGUCCAAGUCAUGAUGGGCCGGCUGGUCCGGGAGGAGUUGAGCAAGUGCUACUACCGCGAGGGAGUCAACCAUCUGGAGAAGUGCGGUCGGUUAAGAGAACGGUACCUCGAACUGCUCAAGAAUGCCAAGGUCAAGGGUUAUCUGUUUGAGCAACAAAACUACUGGUCGAAGCAGUCCGAGCAAUGAGCAAGGAGUGUAUUGUAGACGGAUCCGAUGACCGCUCAUAACUGGGAGCGCACUGCUGAACAAGGAGUUUCUUUGGGAUCUUUGUGGGGGGGGGCAUAAAGUGCUGCCAACGGGGGCUGCAAUGUGGCAG